AUGUUGUUUGACGAGGAAGAGGUGUUUAAAGGUUUGACGGCUUGGUUUUCCUCUAGUGUUCCUGAAAGCGUGAGGUCUCAAUGGGGUAAGGAUAGUUGUUCAACUCUUCUGUUGACUUAUAAAAAAGCUUAAGCUUAAAAUAACCUUAAACUUGCAAGUUUGAAUAAUUCAGGCUUAAGUAUAAGCUUAUAACGUAUGGAAUACGCAAAGAAACCUUAAGAAAGCUACCCUCAUCGGUUUUUUUCAUAGCCGGAUCUUUUAUGGGGUUUAUGCCUAACCAUGUACAGCAGGCCUUUGGAAGCGUAUAUUGAAAACGACAAGAAAGAAAAACUUUUACAGUAAAUGACCCACUUCCAAAUGACCGCCCCCUCUACGCUGUCAAAACUGUAUUCGACACCCCUCUCUAACUCUCCCUGUCUAAUAGACGCCCCUAUGACUUGACGAGUGGGCAAACGCGUUAGAAAUUACAGUGUUUGUAUGAGAAAUCGAAUAAUUUUUGUAGAGCGGCUGUUCUGAAAAAAAAAAAAGAAUUAUAAACUAAAGCUUCACUCCUAAGGAUUCUACUGAAAAAAAUUGAGGGCGUUACAUGCACUGGAAGACUUGAAACCACUUUUUUAAAUUUACUAUCCAUUUGUCUGUAAGAAAUUCCAGGGAAAAAUUACAGACAAAUGUAUAGAAAAUCUAAAGCAAGCCUCCCGAGAAAUUUAAGCACAGGUACUCCCCUAGCCUGCGAAAACAUCCGUUUCUCCUCGCUCUUUGCCGCCGGGGAUGUUUUUCGCGAGGAGGAACGUCUGCGACUCAGUGGCAGAAGUUCCAUACUGAUGACGCAAUCCAAUGUUUAAAUAAUAAAUCCAGUAGUUAUGGGGUUCCAAAUACAAAUUUGUUCAAUUUUAUGUGUCUUCUGGUCGAUUUUGGUAAAGUGUUGUGUUCAUCUGCCAACGAGCUGCAGCAAAACUCAAAGGCUUCUUCUAGAGAAGACUAUAUUCCACAAACAUUGACUCUUUUGUUAGAGAUUCUUCGCGUUUACAUUUGACCUUUGUGGCCUUUUGUCUUUUGUCUGUCAUUCAUAAACAAUAGCUAAAACAAUGUAUCUACUCCGUCGACCAAUCAGUGCUUCUGACCGGAUUCCGGACAGAUUUUACGUCAUCAGUAUGGAAUUUCUGUCGCUGAGUUGCAGACGUUCCUCUGCGCGAAACGUCCCCAUCGGCGAAGAGCGAGGAGAAAUGGAUGUUUUCGCAGGCUAGUACUCCCCCAAAAUGUUGAAGUACAAUCCUUUGCUUUGUAGCUUUAGGUUUACUGUAUGUAGUGUCGACUGAUCUAUCGAUCAAUAUAGCCGUUGAUAGUCUGUCGACACUCGUUCGAUAUAGGGGUUGACAGUCGGUUGAGACUGGGUCGAUAGUCAGACGAGUGUGGGAUAGACUAUCGGCCGAUAUUUAGACAACGCACCUCGACCAACUAUUGGUCAUAUGUUGGUGAUAUAUUGGUCAACUGUUGAUGGUAUAUCGGUCAACUGUCGGUAGUAUAUCGGUCAACUGUUGGUCGAAUAUUAGUCGUGUGUUAAUUUACCUGUAGCAGGUGAGUCCAAUGGCUUUCUUUUUAAGCAUUGACGUAAUUAAUUACUGUUAUCAUGCGAUGGGGGAACAUGCUCUAUGAAGCGAACCGAAAAGCACUGGGAACUAGGGAGAAACCAAACCGGCAAUGAUACCCAAAGAUGAGUGAUACUGAGCUUUAAAUACACACAGAAACAUUUAUAAAUUUGAGUGAAGAAAACGGAGGAAAAAUUUCCCUCUUCAUCACUUGGUAAGAAUUUCCCUUUUGGAUGAUGCUUUCUCGCAAAUUCUUGAACAGACUGGUAACUGGCAAAAACAAGAGAAAAAGGAAAAGCGAAAAAAAAGCAGAAAAGUCUAAAGAGAUUGAAUUCGACUUUUGGGCAUGCCCGUACCAAAAAAUGUCACAAAAUGGCAGCACCGUAGCUAGUAUGAGGCCAACCGAGGCACUCGCCUCGGUAAAAUUUUGACGAAUUUCGCCGAUCAUUUUUAUUUUACAUAAGCGAUCAUCGGAUAUUUUUAACGCGUCAUGAUAUUACAAAGAAUUCAGCAAUUCAGUCAAUAUACUAUGAAAAAAUUACCAUAUCAUCGAUCUCAAGGGGCUACGUACGUUAACUCAAAUGUUUUUUUGAACAAAUACUGAUCAAAACCAUUGGCGAGGUUAACGGUCACCCAGAUUAUGUAGCUUGUUUCUGAUUAUUGCUUUUUAAAUUCCACUUAAAUUAACUCGAAAAAAAGUUACCGAAAGGCCCAGAAAACGCUGCAAAUCGCAUUUCCGAGAGACUAAAGUUCAAAAUGCCCCCGAACCCCCCUAGCAACUCCCGUCUGCCUCGGUUGGCCGUUUGGUCUGGCUACGGCACUGAACGGGAUACUAUUGCAAAGAGAGGCAUGCUUUCAUGUUUAAUUUUGAGUAGUUUGGACUCAUAACUGACCGAAAAAUGUCCAAAAAUGUGAAUUUUUCAAGAAUUUCCACGUGUAAAUGGGUUAAACAACUCGGACAGCUAAAAUCGGUUCAUAUUUCUUUAAUUUGCUGCAAUUUCUUCUUUAGGGCUACUGGUAAUGGAGCAAAAACUAUACAGACCGACAAAAAUCUCGACCGAUAUAUCGAUAGACUAUCGGCCAACUCUCGACCGAUAUAUCGAACGGCUAUCUUCUGACUAUCAACCAAGUGUCAACCAACCAUCGACCGAGUGUUGACCAAUUACUGACCAAUACAUCGGUCAAGUAUCGACCAACUAUCAGUGGAAAGUCGGCGAAGUGUCGGUGAAGUAUUGGUGACCGAAAAGCUAUAUCGGCCGAGAUACAUCUGGAACGACUAUUGACUGUGUCUUGACCAAGUGUCGACCGACUAUGGUCCGAGUCUUGACCGACUAUUGACCGCUAUAUCCACUGAGUGUCAACCGACUAUUGACUGCUAUAUCGACCGAUAGAUCGGUCGACACUACCUACAGUAAACAUGAUCCGCUUUAGUUUACAGUUGAGAUUUUUUUCAGAAAAGCCAUUUUAUGGAAAUUAUUCCAUGUUAGAUUCUCAUACAAACACUGUAAUUUCUCACCUGUUUGCCUACUCAUCAAGAUGGCAUUGAAAACUGUGAAGAGGUCUAUUACUCCAAAAUACUAUGUUUUCAGACCAAAAUAGUUGGGACACUUCCACCCAAAGCUGUCUUUAACCCAGAUAAAAAAACGGUGAAGCCGGUUUUCCCAAGGAGAAGAUUAAAGGAAGUUUGGUUGGGGCUGUGCUGCUGAAACCCUAUGAUUCUGACCCUGUUUAAGGCAAAAUGUAUUAAAAUUGCAACCCUGUUUCAUGAAAGGGACAGGUUCAUAGUUCAGUGCAUGCUCAUUUUAUCAAAAUGCUGUUUUUCUGCUAGAACAUGCUGUAUCAUCUAUGCAAGCAAAAUGAUCGUGUCAUAAUGUUGUCAAAAACCCAAUCUGCACACUCCCCUGGCAGUCACUUGUACUUGAUCAACUUGAAUAUUUGCAAAUAGCUGUAAAUUAAUCAUCCAUGGAAUAAAACCUUCAGGUCAAACAAUAUAUUCAACAUGGUAGUGUUGGCAUAAUCCCUCUAAUUUUUUCUGCGAUUUUAGUACUCCUCCAUCCUACUUCAAGUUACUCUGAAAUACACUUCUACUUUGAAAUACACUCUGAGAUCGCUGAGAUACAUGUGAGUGGGAUUAUUAACUGAUAGAAUUAAUAAUAGAUUGGAAAAAAGUAAUUAAUUAAUGAGCAUGUGCUUAACUGCGAACCUGUCCCUUUAAGACGUUAAAUAGUGAAUUUGAAUAUUUUUUUAAGUUUGAAGAUCCCAUUACCUAUACCUGGCAGAGUGGCACAUCCUGAGUGAGCCAAACAUGGAAGUUUCCUCCCCUGGGCAUGUGUCCAUCUGUAAACUCCCAAGGGAACAAUUUUCCACAUAUGGAGGCAAAGAAACAAUGCAAUUGUUAAUGAUGACAUAUUGUCAAGACAUCAUGACUAAUUUCAAAAUAUGUACAAAUGUGCUUGUCAACCAUUUAAAGGAUCAAUUAUUUCACUACAAUACUAAAAAGCAAUACUAAAUUCUCAGUUAUUCUAAUAGUGCGUAAAUUAAACAUUCCUUUUACUAGCCUGCAGUGCAGGCGUUUUCUUUGAGUGGGCAAUAUGCUCACGGAAGCGCCAUGUUGAAACUUCCCAAAGAGAGGCGGAGAUGGGGCGAGUCAAAGGGAGCGGGGAGGGGGCGGGGAGAGAGAAUAGAAAAUGCCUGCCCGAAAACACUGUGAAAAUGAGAAACACCCCCUAAUUAGACGCGCGUGACUGCUCUUCCGAAGAUGAGUAGCCAACAAUAACAAAACAACCAAACAGUCGUUCCAGUCCAAAGACUUGCAUUGUCUUAAGAAAAACAAGCUGGAGUUUAUCAUUGUUUUUAUCUUGAAUGAGUCACAAUGCAAUUCUCCACAGCCAAUCUCUGUAAAUCGCUAUCUGUGAGAAUUAAACAUCCUGCAAACAAUUUAAAAAACUAACGAGCUUGGCCCAAUGUGAUACAACAUUGCAGGAAAACAUCACAUUCUCGGACUAGAAAGAAAAUCGCUUAGUUAUUCAGAUCCUGAGGCACUUUGGACAAAAAUAAAUAAUCUAACAGCCUUAUUUAGUGACAAAAAGAGCUUUACGCUUCAAAAGAGGUCAAAGAAAACGCUCUUGCAUCAGAGGGCAAAUCAUGAAGGCCAGAAAUUCAAAAACCGCAGAAAAUCAAUAAGCGUGUCAUUACCUCUCAGUGUGAAACAAGGGGCUAAAAUCACAUUUGCUCAGUCAAAACAUGGAACCCUCUAGAGCAUAGUCUACUCGCCAGAAACACAAAAAACAAAAAAACAUUGGAACAAGCAGCAUUUUGGCAUGAGGUAAAAGUGGUAUAGGUUUUAGUACUGUGAGCAAAUCUUGUCCUGAUGACCAGUGUAGAAAUAGCUUUGACUUUCUCAUUGCAUAAUACACGCGCAUUCACAGCCACUCCAAUUCCAAAAGACUGACGGAAAACGGAAUAAACAAUAUAGACUUACAGUUAAUUGACAGGCAUCAAUCUACUUCCCUAUGCCACACCAAUCAGGAGCUCCGUUUGCCAGCGUACGGAGUUUCCCAAAAGAACAAUGAUAUCGGGCAGGCGUAUUUUUUUCUGCCCUUCCCUUCCCCCCUUUCCUUCUUUCGCCCUCGCACCUACCGUAAAGGUUACUAUUUCUACUCUCCCCAAUCUUUCACUGUCAUAAAAUCAAAGAUGGCGGCUACAACAAUAUUACGAUUACGAACAAGGUUUCGCCCACCCAAAAUACGCCUGCACCGCAGGCUAUCCUUUUACAAGUACACUACCAAGCACAAGACAGAUAAUACAACUAUAAAUGUACUCUGAGUAUUUUUUCUGUCUUUUUGCAUUUGCUUCUUGCAUUUAACAGACAUGAUUUUUAACAUGUAAGAGAUGAAACGUGAUCUAUGUCGUCAAAAACAUUAUUUUGUAGAAAACAGCAGAACGACUAGAGUCAAGAUCUCAGAGAUCGUGUGAAUUUUCAGGGAUUACAGGAAAAUACAUAGACUUUUCGGAAACAAAAUUAGUUCGUCAAAGGGAUAACUUGGAUGUAAGCAUAAAAAUAAUGUUAAUUUUACGGUAUCUUAUCUUGUUCAAUGUCAAGUUCAAGGAAAGGACAGAAUAAGAAUGGCAACACAUAACCCUGAGCGAGGGUUCUGAUAUCGUUGUUGGGAAUGGAAGGAGAAAUGGGGAUGGCUAGGUGGCCUAGAUUUACAAACUGAUGUCUUGGCUAGAUCACCCAAUCUACAUUAUUUCUGUCACCAGCUGCUGUGUUCAUAGUACAAACGCUCUCUAACAAAGCACUAAAUUUCGGCGCAGUUGAUAAAGUGCAAUACUUAUGAAGCCCAACAGACUUCUUUGUUGUAUGUUUUUGUUGGCUGUUUUGGACUUGACCGUGCACAACUUUCAUAUCAUUUUGAGCUUACUGACCAAUUAAGGAACAUAGUGACUUUUCAGUCCAAUUUUUGAACAAAAAACAAAGGAUUUUGGUCAGGGAGCUUCCAACAUAAACUGCAGUGCCGUUGUGUUCAUCUUUGAUAUUUCCCGACUUUCAUAAUUGGUCUCCUUUACUAACUACGAAUUCGGUCACUGAAAAUCAAUGUUAUUCGUUCUGAUAUGUCCUUUUUCUGCAUAUUUUGUAAAUAAAUAAGAACACCAGGUCAGACUUUUAAAAUCGAGGUGUUUUAAGCUCUCUUCAUAUUUUUGCCAAAAACAUAUUAGUUUUGUUGAGUUUUUUACAGUUACAAGAAUAAAUGCCUCUUAUUUAUUAAGCACCCUUGCUUGGACCUGAAGAUUUAUUGGGUCAUUUACACCUCUCAAAGGUCUUAAGGGAAACAAGCCAAAGGGAAAAGUGUGUUUGAAAAAAAUAAAAACAAGAUGAGGAAAAUUAUACGAAGGAAAAAAACAGCUUCACCAGGAGCCGAACUGAGACCAUCUGUGCAGAAUGUCAACUCCAGUAGACCUCUACUCCAUGCUGCCAACUUUUAAAUAGAAGUGGAAAAUAAUUAUGUUUAUUAUAUUUAUAGCUUUUUUGUGACAUUUUUACUGUUAGACACUGUUUGAAGCUGGUGGAAGUGUCUGUAUCAUGAAUUCGAAGAUGUAUUUGAAGAAAUUUUGCAGGAUUUUGGCGGUAGAAGGCAAACUUAUGGCCGACAUAGCUGAUAAGCAUCUCGCAAACCGUCCCAAUCUCUGUGUGCCACUAAAGUAAAGUCCUGCCAAAAGGGGUUAGAAACUGGUUGGGUGACCAGCUGUGAAUAUCUUGUUGGAGUAUUCUUACACUUUCACCGUUGUGUUCUUCUUUUUUAUUUCAUUGUCCUAUGUCUUGAUUCUUUUAAUGUGUAUUUCAGAGCAUAUUUUGCAUUAUUUUAGUUGCCACAUGAAUGCAAAGAUAGGUUAAAGGGAAAACCAACGUUUUAACAGUAAAGAGCUCAACUGAAACUCACUUGCGAAAAACAUAGCUUGCACAAAGCGAAAUGCACUGCAGAUGUUCUUUCAUGUUGAUUUUUGCUCUCUUUUUGAAGCUACUGGUCCAAAUUGGUUGUUUAGUUUGCAGUUCGCUGUCAUUAAUUUGCAUGAGAAACCUGUCGCCAUUCAUCAACAGUUAACAGUUUCUUACAUAGGAUGAAUAAACACAAUGUUAGGUUUUUGUGAAUAAAAUAUGAUAGUGCAUGAAGGCGUGUUGCUUGGAAACGUUAAAAUGUACCUCAAAAACACAAUCAGUGACCUCAUUGUUACUACCAACCUCAAUACACAUGUUCCACAUGUGAUGUGAAUUUCUAAAAAAUUGUAAACUCGUAAAUUGCAUUAAACCUAAGGUCGGAUGUAACUGUUAUUGUCUGGAGUCAAAAUAAAUUUAAAGUGUGACUGGGCAGAACAUCAGAUGGUAGCGGUGCAACCUGUCCCAAGAGUAGUUCUUAUUUCUUGACCUUAACCACAGUUAAGAGUUGUUUGAAAGGCGAAUAGUACUAUCCACUGGAUAAAUCCCUAUCCAGUGGAUAGAGUAAUUGGUUGCACCAAUACUUGUGCAGAAUAGUCUAAUAAAUUGUAAUUUUAGAGUUGUUGUAAGUUUUUAACCUCUGAUUUUUAGGCUGAUAGCUUAUCACACUGAUUUGACUAAAACAGGUUUUAAAGUGAGGGCAUGAUGUUUCAGGAAACUUAGCUCCUGAGACUUUACCAGGGAGGGCUGGGGCAUAACCCUCAACUCUCCCUCCCCCACACCUCUGGAGCAUAUUUUUUGCCUUACCGGUCAGGAAUGGUCCCUAACCUGCUGAGCUGACAUUUAGGGACAACAAUGCCUCGGAUGGGCCAGGCGUAUGUUGAAGUUUCCAACUUAAAAUGAUUACUGAAUUCAGCUUUUGCAUGAUAAGAAAAAUUUUUGGUGAUAUUUUCUCACUCAGACUCUCCCGGUUUGCUGGUGAUUCACAGUGUACAUUGAGAAAGCAACACAGUGAAUGCAGAAUAAUUGUUAAUCAUGAGGAUCAGAGUAAAGUAAUAAUUGUUUUUUUUAUCAUCAAUGGAAGAUAUAUCCUCGCUGUUCUACCAUUUGGCUUCAUCAGGUCAUCAUCAAACACACAUAGCUCAGAUUUGUUGAUUUGGUGGCACAUUUUGAAUAAAGAACAUGGGUUAAGAAUCAAAGCUAACUUUCACGCAAUUUUUUGAAAAUUUCUCAAAAGGGCAUUAAUAAAUGGGUGUGCCUUGCUUACUUAGUGUUUAUACAGGAACUAAACCAUUACUAAAUGUGCAAUCAGACUUGAUUCACGCAAAGCAUUUCUAUUCGGAAAUCUUUAUAACAAUCAAGUGUGCAUGAAUAUCAUCUAAUGAAGUCAUACAUGUACCUUACCUCUUUGUGACACUUAAUGGUUUUCAUUCUUGAUAAUGAUGCUAGAAACAUCAAAUAAUGUUACUUUUAAUUUUUUUUUUGUUAAAUGCUUCAACAAGUACGUUCUUAAAAGUGGUAAGUGGAGUUUGGUUACAGAUUAGAUAUGAAAUUAUGGGGGGGGGGAUUUAUUCUACACGAAACAGGAUUCCCUUGCUAAACUUUUUCAUGUCCUCCUUUAUUUUAUUUUAUCGACAGUCAAGUUUUCUUUGGGAUGAUAUGUUUUUGAAUAGAGCAUUUCACAGUUGAGCUUAGCAUCCUAGCCUUUGAGCGAACGUGGGACUGAGGCUGAUUUUGUUUUGAUACAAACCACCUUUUCUUAUGGAAAUUAUGUUUAAAAAAUACCAGUAAGCGUAAGAAUGACAUCAUUUACAUAAUAAGGCAGGAAGGGUUGUAUCAAAACAUGGUAAACUCCAGUUGCAACUUUGAAAUGGACUAUUGAUUGAGUACACGUUUCUAAUAAAUGAAAAUCAAGGGCCUCCACUUAAGAGAAAAUACAUCAUUCCCAAAGAGCAAAAACAUGAUGAACAUGGUGUGUUAUUUAUAUCAUCCAUGAAAAUAAACCACAUGCAUGCUCAUCUCAAGACUCAUUUGUAUACAGUGAAAGUCUACAAAACCCAACCAGCUAGGCUCCCCAUUGAAGUUUUGCCCAAGACAUGAAGAUUCUUCUUUUUUUAACCAAUAAAGUAUUCACUUGUUCCAAAGUAAUCAUUGCUUUCAAGCAGUAGAAUUUGUGGACCAAACUGUUGCGGAAAAGCUCAAUGUGUCACCAACAGCAGGCUUGACUAACAAGCAAUUGACCAUGUGGUUUUAUGAUUACAUGUAGGUACAAAUAAACCAAUCUCAGGACAUGCUCUGUAAUUUGAAAUAUUGAGGUCCUUAGUCGCAUAAUGCACCUCUUCCUAAGCUAAGCAUUGGAAAAUUUCAGCAACAAACAAAUAAAAUGCUGCGAAAAUGCAAAAAUGCUGUCUGCAAUUUAUUGUUGCAAACAGCAUUUUUGUAGAUAAAAUUCCUAAAAUGCACUGUGGCCUAAAGGAACCAUCGUGAGACUUUGAUCUGACCGGAAAUCAACAUAGUGAAAGUGGAACCAGUUCUUUUGUCAGAAAAGGUUAUUAUUUAUUUAACAGCCCGGUCUGUCAACAAUUGCUUAAUUGACAAAUUUCAAGGUAAAAAAUUGCAAGCCAACAAUGGCGGAGAAUUACCCUUUUAAAACAAAUUUCAGGGGCGUUUCCUCCUCUCCCCCUCUUCUUUUCUUAAAUUUUGUUUUUUUUCCCCUUUGCUCUCCAUUUGUGCCACUUUCAACUACCUGAAUGCCUGGAAGAGGCUAUUUUGGACUUGAAAGACUGUAGAGUCCAUUUGUCUUUUACUUACCUAUAAUUGAGACCAUGUAUUAUAUGGCCCUAAGGUCAUCAUAGAAUGUGUUUUCCGUUGUGUACAGUAUGAAAUCUAGGUAUGUAAAGAUCGUUAUUUCAGCAGAACAUAUAUUUUGUUUAAUAUUGCCUAUCAUAUCUCUUAUCUUAGUAGGAUUUGUAUCGGUAAGAUGCAAACUUUACAAUAUGUUUGAUCGCACCUUACCAGUGAUGUAAGUCUCAAUGGGCUUUUCCUGCCUGGUCUCGAUUGUGCAACACUUGUGAAGAAAUUAUUUUACAUGACAAAGUGAAACAAUGCUUUAUAGAGGUAUUACAAUGCCUCUGCAGUGUGUCGUUUAAUUUGUCAUUUACUAUUUUCUUAUUGUCUUUAAGGACAAUGCACCUAUUUUUUUUUGGGGGGGGGGGAGAAUUAAUGUAUGGUUUUAUUGUGUGCAUGCAAAACCUCCUCGCGUCUCUAUUAUAUAUCAGUGCAAUCUAAAUGUUUGGGGCCUGUUUCUCGAAAGUCCCAAUAAAAAAAUUUUGGACCCAGAAAGCUGUCGUUUAUAUUUGAGAUUGAAUAAUUGAAUAAUAAUGAUUGAAUAAUAUAUGAUAACAAUAACAGUUAACAAAAUAUGCAUGGACCCAUGCUUUUAUUCUUUAGAAUUAAAUUUGACUUGGGGGCUGUAAGGUUACCAGGACUUUUGAGAAAUAGGUGCCUGAGUUAACCACCCUCCCACUACCUGUCCUACUCAUCUGACAGACAUAAAUUCUGUUGAUCUUUUUUGGGAAACAGGUGACCAGUUUAUCAAUAAAGCAGUGCUUUAUUGCUUGUUUUAGUAACACGAAAAGUAACAACCUGAAAAAGUAAUUAACUGCUCCCUGGGCUGAGAGAAGUAGUUUUGAAAAACAUAGUGUAGGUUUUUGUUUUUGUUAAAUUAUUGGGGUUUUUAACAAUUCUUGGUAUGAUUUUAUCACAUAUAGUCAUGCAUGGAGGAAUUCAACAAGAUGAUGUAAAUGAUGCAGACUAUAUGUUUAGCAGCGAUGCUGCUGCAGAAGAUACUUUUUGGUAGGUGGAACUGUGAAGUCUGUAAAGUACCCUCUUUUCUUAGGUUUGUACUGUAAGGCUAAGUCUGUGCAUGUUAAAACAAUAAAGGUCUAAGCAGCAAUCAUAGUGUUUGGAGACAGUCAAAUUUAUGCUGUUUCAGAUUCAAAAAGUGGAAAUUUACGUACCUUUUCAACUCAUUGCAAAUGCAUAGUUAAUGGCGUAAUUGUGCAAUGUAAAACUCCCAAGUUCUGAUCUGCAUUAAACAGUGGGUAGUAUACUUUCUCCAUCAUAGAGGAAUGUUGCAAUUUUUUGUGCUAGGUCAUUUGCAGCCAUGGCCCCACAUUGAAAUCAUGAAGUUUGGAUCUCUUCAUCUUUAUAUAGUUAUUGCCACCUGAAAACUUAGAUUUCUUUUUAUAUACUUUUAAACUAAACUUUAGUUUUCAUUAGAUUUUCUUGUUUUCCAAAAUCAUUCUCUCUCAACUUGCGUGGUUUGUAAUAACUUGUUUGUAAUAACAACAUCUCAUUCCAUUGCAGGGUUUUUGAGUCACUGAAAUACCAGAAUGAGGAAUUAACUGUCUUUGACUCUUCAUUAAUUGAAGAUACCCUUGCAGGUGGCAUGGGCUAUUUAAGUAGCAACAUUUCAGGAUCUCAUAUUCUCAUUCAUCCAGCAUACCAAGAAGGUAUUCUGUUUAAAAUGAUUAUUUUGAAGAACGAUUAAAAUUGAUCAGGCAAGUACAAGCAUAACCUCUAGCAGCAUGAACCCAUAUCUACAGAAAAGUGUCAGGAAUUAAGACAUGACUCAUGCAAGGCUUACUUAACCUUACAAACAAGUUGAUUCAAGGAACUUGGUGUGAAGACAAAGAAUCACUAUUAUCAGUCCUCUUUGUUUCUAAUGAAACAUAGGUUCUCCACUAAUGCUCUGACUAAGAAGUGACUUUUGCCUCAUGCCAUGUAAGGCCUCUCUUCUCAAUUUCGGCCAACAUCCUUGUGUGCCUUCAAGUGUGUUAGGGUCUUUCCUUGUCUUAAGCUUCCACUGUGAGUUCCAUUUAAGGGCUGUUUUGGUCACAUAUCCAUCUGGUCUCCUCAAUUUGUGCAGGCCAAUCCAUUUCCUUGUUCUUUCUUUUAUUUCCUGUUCUGUAAGCUGCUGCGUCUCUGCAACUCUUUAUUUCGGAUUCUUCUGCAUCAGCAAAUCCACAGAAUGCUCCUUGGGCACUUGUAAAUAUACACCUGUAACUUCUGCUUCAGUUCCUCAAUCAAAAGCAGGGCACCAAAACCCGUAUGUCCGAUUGUCCGGGACAGGUAGAAAUUUGAACCUUCGACAUGACUUGUCCAUUUGAAAAUUGAAAUUACUGUGGAAUUAAGGUUUAUUGUAUAGUGAUAAAAGCAAACCUCCUACUUGACAAAAUAAGGUCAAAUAUUCAUAUAUUUCAUUUUUCUUAAUGAGCUUGCACCAUGUGGCUAAGGAGCCUGGUAAAACGUUUUGGACACGAACUCUUUAGGGGCACCCAACGAGGAUAUAGUUCAAAACCACUUAACAUAGCAUUGUUGAACGUAUUUUAGUAUUCAAACGGUAGAUAUAGGCAUAUUUUUAUCUCCUAAAAACUUUUCAUCUGUUCGGAUUUCCUAGCUGAAAGUCUAGUGAUCCGAAAAUUAUAGGGAUAAAAACUUACCUUCUCGAAAAUUUCAGCCAGGAAAAGGCUUUCGAAAAUUCUAGGUGGCCUUUUUUAGGGUCAAAAUCCGUUAAAAAUGGGUAAUUAUACCAUUUUGUAGAUGUUCGAAAAUCCUAGAAGAGGCAGGCAAGCAAGAAAUUUUACAACAAAUGCUCCGAAAAUUCUAGAUCUCAAAUCGUCUUCCGAACAGAUGUUUUCCCGAAAAUUGCCGUUGGGUGCCCCUGACCCUUGGGUUUUGGACAACCUAAUUUAAUAUAGUGCUUGUCCGAGGGACAAGUGGAUAAGAAAAUACUCUUACUCCGAAAAGAGCGUGGCCUUUUCAUCUGACCCAAAGAUUCUCAACUUUAUCCUGUUGUAGCUAAAAGUGAUAUCGAAGGCCAUAAUGGUGGUCUCAGCAUCACUAACACCUGGUUCCCCUUCCCAAUGCAUGCCUGUAUGUCUGCCAGCCUCAUUUUCCCUUCAUACUCAAAAUACCCCCAUGGUACAUUGCUGUACCUGAACUCAUCUCCCUCCUCAAUCUACCCCCGAUGAUGUGCACUGGUCUUCAGGCCAACCUUCGCACUCUUGUCCCUCAUGUUCUGUAUACUGUGUGACAACAGGGCCAGAUCAUGGCGAAAACCCAGAUCCUCUAGGAUCUUUCGUGAAGGAACACUGUAAACCACAGAAGGCAAGAAUAGUACUGUAG